GGCCGGCGCGGGGCGAGGAUGAGCACGAAGCAGGUGACCUGCAGGUACUAUAUGCAAGGAGUGUGUCGGGAGGGAAGUAAGUGUCUGUUCUCACAUGAUUUAUCUACAAGCAAAUCCUCCACUAUCUGCAAGUAUUACCAGAAGGGACAGUGUGCCUAUGGAGCUCGGUGCAGGUACGAUCACACCAGACUUCCUGCGUCAGGGGCUGCAGCGGCCCCUGCGCCGCCGCCCCUCUCAUCGGCAGCGCUGCACAACCCUCGCCAUCCUCCCGAGCACAGCGCGCCGAUAAUCAGGAGCAAACUGCACGAGACUGGCAAACGGGAGAAGAAAACGCUAGUGCUCCGGGACAGAAAUCUGUGUGGCUUGAAUGAAGAAAAGCAGAAAGCCAGUGCCACGAGCGAUGUGGUGUGUUGCAGUGACCAGAAUGAUAAUCUGGAAAUGAAGCCCCAUUCGUAUUUGGAAGCUAUUUGCAGUGGACUGGAAGAUCCGGUAGCUGGAAGCUCCUGUGCUGACGGAGAGCAGCUGUGUCCUUACGCUGCAGCGGGAGCGUGCCACUUCGGAGAUCGCUGCCUUUACCUCCAUGGAGACGUGUGUGAGAUAUGUGGAUUGCAAGUACUUCACCCUUUCGACCAAGAACAGAGGAAGGCUCACGAGAUGAUGUGCAUGGCGACAUUUGAGCAUGACAUGGAGAAGGCCUUUGCCUUUCAGGCAAGUCAGGACAAAGUGUGCAGUAUCUGCAUGGAAGUGGUGUACGAGAAACCAUCGGCCUCCGAGAGGAGGUUUGGGAUCCUUUCCAACUGCAAUCACACAUACUGCUUGUCUUGCAUCCGGCAGUGGAGAUGUGCCAAGCAGUUCGAGAAUCCAAUCAUAAAGUCUUGCCCGGAGUGCCGUGUGAUAUCCGAGUUUGUCAUUCCCAGUGCGUAUUGGGUAGAAGACCAGGAGAAGAAAAACGAGCUGAUUGAAGCAUUUAAGCAGGGAGUGGGGAAGAAACCCUGCAAGUACUUUGAACAAGGGAAAGGAACUUGUCCGUUUGGCGGGAAGUGUCUUUACCUUCAUGCUUACCCGGACGGGACGCGAGCUGAACCUGAAAAACCAAGGAAACAGCUCAGCUCUGAGGGGACUGUGCGGUUCUUCAAUUCUGUUCGGCUGUGGGACUUCAUUGAAGACAGAGAAAGCAGGACUGUGACCAGCACGGACGAUGAAGUAACAGAACUUGGAGAACUUUUCAUGCACCUUUCUGGGGCUGAUGAGGAUUCCGCUACUUCUCAAUAAAGAGAACUGAAGAGAGAAAUAUUUUCAGUACUAAAAUACAUCAAAAAAAGUCAAUGGAGAUGAUGUUCUUUACCUUAAACAAGACAUUCCUGAUUUACUUUGCCCCAAGAAGACAUAAACCAGGUAACAGUAGUCUGAAAUUAAGAAGAUAACUUGUUUUUCAAAGCUACCUAGGGACAAUAUAAACAGAAGUUUUAAUUUAAGAGCAGUAAGACUUAGAAACUCAGACCUUUUAUAUUUUUCACUUAGCUGCUUUUAUCUAAUUUGACAUCAAGUGCUAGUCAAAAUAAGCCUUUUUAUCAAAAAUAUUUUAAUUUUUCAAGAGACACAUAACUUGUUUUAAAAAUUAGGAGUUAAUGGUUUCUUUUUAGAAAUUAGAGCUAAAGUAAAAGCAGCUUACUAUUUCUCCUUUUUUUCCUUCUUAAACUUUUUCUUAUUAUAAUGAAGGUAAAAUGAGAGAUAAAUGACAUUUAGAGAGUGUUGCAGUUGAAAUACCAAGAUUAUUAUUAAAAAUCACGCAGAACUAUAUGGAACAGUUUCCUUCAACCCUCAAUUUACUUUUUAGCAAGCAACUUUUAUGGUCAUGCUCAAUUAUCAUCUAAGGAUUAAAAUGCCACCCUUCUUAUAAUCUUAUACAAUAUUCUGAGGACAAACAGUCUAGAUAUUAUUUUUUAAGUAUGCGUCUGGCUUACGUACUUCAGGUUCCUCUCUUCCCUUUCACGAGCGCUCUGUGGGUUUUUUGCUUGCUGUGCCUAAGCAGCUGAAAUGGCUCUUUGGACAUCGCAGGCAGUUACGAGUUGCACAUGUAAGCUGUCAAAAUUCACAGCAGCAGUAUUUUGCCUAAUAAAUUUUAGGCAGCUGUUUAGACUGAGAUAACAGUGGUUACAGACAUCUUGUCUCUUCACUCGCUAGACCUCAGCCAUGUAUUCAGACAAGAAGGCCCGUACUCAGCUGUAUGCACAGAGAAAGACACAAAAUCCUAAGCUUCCAUUCCAAGAAUGCAAACUUGGCUUUCAUUCUUUCCCUAAUAAACAUACUUAAACAGAAUGGUAUUUAAAAAAUAAAUUCUUAGAUUAAACCACCUAGUUUUUGUCAUCUGUGGAGUUCAGCCAAGACAAAACACUCACUUCUACCUAAGUAAACAACAGGUUCACAGAAGAUAAAAUGCAGAGCAAAGAUGGUGCAGUUAAAUAGCUUGAUAGUACCUCAGUGUAGGUAUCUUAGUAAGUAGAUACUGCUGAAAGAUGAUUACAGUAGAAUAAAAACCAUCUUGUAAUGGAAGUGAUUGGAAACCUAUAGGUUGUCAUAUCAAGUGUGUUUUUACUUGAACUGCUACUACCUAUCCUAGUAACUUUUAAAAAUUAUUCAGAAUGUCAUUUUCUGAGUUUUUCAAAUCUAGAUGUACAUGUCAGAACUAUGGAUUACUACAUUAAAUGAUGACAUUGAAUCUUAAACCUAAAAUUUAAUUUAUUUUAUUAAAAUAAGAUAAUCAGAGGAACCUUGGCUUACAAUAAAUGCAUUUUCUCAGGAGCAAUAAAAACAAAAUUAAAACCCAAAUCAGCAAGAAAAACUGUAUAUGCUCAGUUUCCUCUUGAUAGUGCAUCUCUUGGACGACAGCUUCAGAUGGGAUGAAGACUAUGCUCAUUUUGCAGAAGUAUACGGAUAAUGUUAAUUAGCCUUUUCUCAGCCACAAAAGCCUGUCUUUCUGCACUUACCACCUCAUUGGGCUGCAAGAAACAAGUCAAUAGUACCAAAGUAAGCUGCUUAAGUUACUGAAGAUGACCAUAGCAAGACUGGCUAGCUUCCUUCUCUGAGCAGUACAAUUCAGAAUAUAUUCCAUUCUUUUGCAAGAGUUUUUCUUCUAUGUGCAAAACUAUUGCAAAACUAUUUUGUGUUGAAUUAGCAUUUUAACUUAUUUCAUUGGCUUGAUGAAAGCUCUUAGGCAGGAGCUGAUUUCCAGAAAGUUUUCACCUCUUCCCUCAGUCUUGUUUGCAGAUACCCAUUUCAGGCAAAACUCCCCCAACCUGAAGUGGCACACGGCAUGGGGCAAUCAAAGAGCACCAUAACGCAUCAUCUUUCCUCAAAUGCCGAGGCAAGCCAUCCUUGCUGUAAAAAAUACCAAUUUAUCAACAGAUUCAAAUCAAUCCAGAAACACUGCCAAAGAAACAUCCAUCGCUUCUGUGUAUGGGAAAAAUAAGGCUCAAGUGCAUCUAUUAAAAAAAUAGUAAUAGAUCUCUUGAUUUAUAGUCUGUUAACUAUCCCAGUAAAAGAAACUGUAGAAAAAGGCAAUGUGGAGCUGUGUCCCUGCAGGAUAAGAACUGCAGAAAUCCUUAGCAGCUUGUUCUUAAAACUGGGACGCAGAUAAUCCUGCUGGCACUGAUCCUGUACACUGAGGCAUUAAAAGCACAACUUCUGUUACUUCUGUUCCUUUCCCAUCACUGGAGAGAACGAGGGAAGGGGAGCACGAUCCUAAAACACGGGUAGUCUUGUGGAUGUUAAUGUGCAUGAAUUUAUGUCCUCUGUGUGGGCAGCACGAUGCAGAGAUGGUUCAGAAGCACUCCGGUUGAUUUUGGGUAAAGAAUGUUGCAACAAUUCAAUGGACGACAGUAUCUGAAGGAAAUGCAUAAAAUUAAAAGAAGGCUUGUUAGACAAGCAGCUCUUUCUAUUUAAGUCUUAAACCUGCAUUUAUUAUGGCUUUAAGCAUACCUUUAAAGAGCAACAAUAUACUAUGUGGAGGCACUGAAAACACCGCUCUAGGAAUAUUCCCGUUUCAAUAAUCAAACGCUGCCAUACAGUUUCAUUGCUACAAGGAGUCUCACUGAGUUUCAGAGGAUGGGAGGAUACUUUUCCUUAGCUCACAGACGUUAUGAUUAAUUAACAAGCAUCUAUGCAAUUCUCCAACAGAGUAACAGGGAAAGAAUUGCAUCUUCUGCCUAACGGUCUGUUUACAAAACAACAUUUAGAAAGAACUUUCUAAACAACAAAAGUUUUACUUGAUUGUAACAGCAAGAAGUUAUUUUUCCAAAAUCUGCUGAUAUUUAAUUCCAGCUAUUUAAUGAGUAUAAGAAAGUACCUUCACCAUCCUCAUAGUGACAGGAAAAGGUAAAGUAUCCUUUGUAAAAAUACCAAAAAUUGCUACAUGAAUUUACCUCCCCCAGUGGAUUUUGUUUGCUUGUUCAUAGUUGUGGGGAAGGAAAGGAGGAAUGGUCUCUCAUUUCCCUCAGACCUACGCUAAAAUAAAAUGUAAAUACAAAGAUAGAUUUGAUUUUUAUUGUGUUAGGGGGGUUUUUUGCUUAUCUCUAAAAUGGGUCACCUGUUGAAAGCAAAUUGCUCUCGUGUUAGUCUAACACUGCUUCAGUCUGCAUGCAUAAUAUUUUUUAAUGACCUUUACAGGAACUAUGUGCAAUCAGAAUUACAAACUGCCUGAGGGUGCUGGGUUAUGAAAAAUGCACAUAUGAAUAAAGACAAAAAUAGGAAGCAGGCUGCACUUUAUAUAAACCAAAACUUGUAUCUGUGUGGAAUGUUUUGUGUGCUAAUGGCUAUUUAUAAAAUACUCUGAAACUUA